GUUAUAGUUCUGCCAUCUAUCAUGUUCACAAUUGAAGUCGUUUAAAACAAAUAGAAAAUAUUGAUUCUUCUUCUUGUCCUUAAACCCAGUAAAAUUAUCGGCUGCUGACAAGAUUACUCUUGUGAUUGAGGAGUAACGUGUCUUGUGUCACUCACACAAGUGUUAUUGUAUGACACCGUUAGCCAAAACUCAAUUUCCGACUCUCGAGUGUUGUGUGGUGUAAGAGACUCGUUACGUUAAAUUAUAAAGACAUGAUAUUGAUAACAGCUAUUGGCACAUACAGCAUUUAUGAAGGAUUAAAUGACGUUAUCAUGUUACAAUUAUUGCCGCAUUUCUAAGAUUUAGAUAGAGAGGUAGAAAUUGUCUGGCAUGAAUGACAUUUUAAGAAUUUUAAAUCAGAAUGUCAGUUUUUAAUGAGCAUCAGUUUGAGAAGAGACUGCAGUUGCUUAAGGACUCUCAAGAAAGUAUACAGUCUUUGUCAACAUGGUGCUUGCAGCAUAGGCAGCAUCACAAGAAGAUUGUAGCGUGUUGGUUGCGUAUUCUGAAGAAAGUGAGGAUUGAACAUCGUUUGACUCUUUUUUAUCUGGCAAAUGAUGUAAUCCAGUACAGCAAGCGGAAGAAUUAUGAAUUUGUGGAGAGUUGGGGUACUGCUCUUCAGAGAGCAACAACUAUGGUUCGGGAAGAGAAAGUAAAACACAGAAUACUUCGCAUAUUCAAAAUUUGGGAUGAACGUGGUAUAUAUGAUGAAGCCUUCAUAUCUGAUCUCUCGGGACUUCUGAGUACAACGACCAAGAAAACGAGUACUGAAAUGGUCACUGACACUUCAGAUUUUCAGCCUCCUGUACUGAUUGCCAAGAUUCGCAGCUGCAAGAAGCUGGAAGACGAUACUGAUCUGAAAUUGAAGAGGCUGAAUGAAAGUCGUCUCUCUUUCUCAGAUGCAGAUGCUUUAUUUAGUCAUUUGAAAGGUUGCCGUAAUGUUACAGAUAGGAGGCAAGGGGAUGACAUAGUUGCAGAAGUUGAUGAAGGUGUCAGCAAAAUGCAGGGAUUUGUGAGAGCUUUGGAACUGGAGAUAAAAGAGAGGAAUGUUCUUAUCGAAUUACUUGAACAUGCUGAUGCCUUCUACGAAACUCAAAAAGGAGAGGCUAAAGUUGUAGCCAAUGCCUACAGGAAUUUUGGUAGCCGUGUAAAGAAUCUGAAGCGUCGUCUCGAUGAAUUGAUUCCCACACUGAAGGACAUCAGUCCUGUCCCAUCUCCGGACAUUAAUGCUCCGUCUCCAUCACCAGAUUCAGAUAUUGAAUUGCCAGGCGAAAAUGACAAUACAGGAUCAAUUGGUGACUCUUUCUUUAAUUCGUUUAAUGCAAAAGCUCAUCCUAUCAAAACAGUUUUGCAAGAUGAAACACAGCCACAGCAGCAACAGCAUUCAUUGGACAAUUGCUUCACAAGUUUCAUGGGAAGCACAUCUCUACCAUUUGAUAUACAGAAAAGCCUAUUCAGUGAAACCAGUACAGAGGGUUUGUUAUCCCCUUCUCCUAUACCAGCAUUAGAUGAUCCAGGCGGUGUUCCAUUGCUUUCCACAACACCAGCAUCAGAGGGUAAGCCAAUUGAAGUAAUAAACUCAAGAACGAAGCCCGAUGAAGGAUUCAACAUCACUGAGUUCUUGAAGUCUUUGAUUCCGUCAGGAAGCAGUCCAAUCAUUCCAGGUCUUAAUGUGGAUCCAACUCCGCAGAGCACAGUUCCACAGUCAGCACCAAAAUCCAUUUACAGUCCAACUACAGAACUGAACACAACAGACCAGUAUGAUUAUCCUGGAGACACAUCAUCCACUCCUCUACAACCUCCCCCAUUGCCACCAAAUUUAUUUUCUUUAGAAGAACCAUCUUACAAAUAUGACCAAUCAAUUGAACGAGAGGAAGAUGCUUGGAACACUAAAUUACCCCCCAAAUUUCCCACUUGGGGUGAUACUGCCCCAGGUUGGGAAAGAGAAGAAAGUGACAAAACAACUGAGUGGAUGCCAGUCAUGCCCCCAAACAAGGUUCCACCACUCUCCUUGGACACUCCAGAGUCGCCUCCCUUGUAUGAGAAGGAGGGUUUCAGUGAUCCAGUUGAAUAUGAUGAUUCCGUGGUUGAACCUGAUCUGAUGUCCAGCAGUGGAGAUGUAGAUCACCGCACACUGGUGCAGUUGCCACAGAUCAGUCAUACAAAAGAUACUGAUUGUCGAAUCCAACUCCCAGUGAAACACAUGAAGGAUACAGAUCACCGUGUGAUUCUGCCUGUCACUACAGCAAAUCAUGCCAAAAAAGAUAUGGACCACCGCCCAAUGAUACCUCGUAAGAAGGAUGUGGACCAUCGUAAUCUUAUUAGUUUGACUGGUUCUCCUGUACGUGAUCAUUCAACAUUGCAUCCUCCACCCACUCCUCCAUCUUUAAACUGGUCUCAUAAUGACCAAGAUUAUCGUACUACAGUAACAGCCAGUAACUUAGGCAAGAAGGAAAUGCUGCAACAGAGAGAUCAGGAUUACAGGUUACACCAGCCUCAUUCUAUGGUCCGCAGGCAGCUAGACGAAACCCAAGAUAAUGUCGAAAGCGUGGAUAUGGAGAUGAGCGAUGAGGAAAUGAUAGAUGACAUUGCAAGCGAGAAAAAGGAAGCAAUGAUGGAAAAAGAUAAAGGUUUUGAAAUGUCUCAAAAUAAUAAACCUGUUAUAUCGUUCAACAUAAACAGUCAUUCAAAGGUUUUAGCCAAUUCACCACUAAAUGAAGUAAAAGAAGAACAAAUAAGACACCGAACUCGUAUAUAUGGCUGUCAGAAGAUACCAACUAUAAGUGGCAUAGGAGGAAGUACACAUUCUCCACGUGGAAUGGGACCUCGUCCACGUGUACCACUUCUGACAGCCCCUCCAGUUGUCAAGAGGCUUCCCCCUCCUAACUUACCAAGGGGUUUCAGACCUUCCAUGAUGGCUCCUCCACCACCCCUUCCACCUCUCCCUCCUCAUGUAGGCCUAUUACCACAGCCAGAGAGUUUCAAUGUAACAAUUGAAAUAAAACCUCAGUCAGAAAUUGAAUCCUGCAGUGAAGUUCAAGGCAAUGUGUCUUGUGUAGAAUUUGCAGUGGAAGAGGAAGUAACCACAGAAUCACUACUGCCGCCACCACCACCACCACCUCCUCCUCCACCCCCACCCCUAUCCAUAUCAGAAACUGUUGUGGGAGUACAGGAGAAACCAGCAAUAAAAGUGAAUAAUGAUAUGAGAAAGUGGAGUGCUGCUGAUCCAGACAUAGAAAAGGAGAGAGCUGAAGUGGACCUUGGCAGUACUGUUACAGAAGGUGUGCAGACAGAUGAAACUGCUGGAGACUCCCCAAAUCGUAAAAAGGAAGAAGCAGCUGAGGAAACUAUAACACAGGACAAAACUAUUACAGAAACUGAACCUGUUGCAAAAAUAACAAAUGAACCUGUAGUUAAACAUGUGGAGGUAGAUGGCAGUGAACAUUGGAUGAAUAAUGAAUUAGCAGAACUUGAGCAACUUGAUAUGGGCAGAACAGAGCAGGACAGGGGCCAGAGAGGCCGAGGUCGUUUAUUCAAGACCUUUCCACAUGGGGGAUUUAUGCCAAGGGCAAGACCAAUGUGGAAUGGACCAAGACGUGGUGGUCCUCCUGUCCGAUUUCCCUUCCGGCCUCCUCUUGAUAGACCGUUUGGUAGAGGACAUAGAGGAGGUUUUAGGCCUUUCAGGGGAAAUCGUGGGCAUUUUGGUGGAUGGUGA